AUGCAUCGUCCAAAGAAUGCCGCGCCUGUUCUCGUCGACGAAAAUAUUGUGACCCCUAAACGAACCCUACCUGGCCGACUCUAUAGCAGUGCUGGCCCUGAUACACUCUCGAAGCUUGUCAAACCCUUUAAAACGCCCGGAUCCGCCCCGUCGAUACGAAAGACUGCUUUACCUCCUCGCAAACGACGCAAAGUCGGUUCUUACGCGGGUGCUGAUGGUGGCGAGGACGAUGGUGAGUUUGUCAAGGAUGGAGGGGAGAAGAGGAUCAUUUUGGGCAAUCUGGACGUGAUGAAGAAUUUUCCGGUGUUUAAAGCGAAAGACAAAGAGGCUGUGUUUAGACAGCGAUUUGCGGUACCGCUCGUUAAUAAAGAUGCCGGUGCAUGGAAUCCCUUUAGACCUGCUCCGGCGUUGGGGAUGAGGAAAAGCGUCAAUUUUAUCGCCAAACCGCUUCAUGACCCUAGUGGCGAGUUUGCAAUUGUCCUUUAUGACCCUACCAUCGAUGACAAGAAGGUUGAGAUUACUGAAGAGGACGGUGAGGUGAAGAUCGAGGAGAAGCCUGUUCCGAGGAUGCACAAGAGCUUGGCCGAGAUACUGGGUUUGAACAAGGGGGAUAAGGAUCAGGUUCCCAAAGUUCCAGUGGUCAUUGAUCCAAGAUUGUCAAAGGUUUUGAGGCCUCAUCAGGUUGAGGGUAUCAAGUUCAUGUACAGGUGUGUUACAGGUAUGACGGACGCUGCGGCAAGUGGGUGUAUUAUGGCGGACGAGAUGGGUCUGGGCAAGACACUCCAAUGUAUCGCCUUGAUGUGGACUCUACUUAAGCAAUCACCCGAGCCCGGGAAACCUACUAUACAGAAAUGCGUGGUCGUUUGUCCGUCGUCAUUAGUUGGUAAUUGGGCGAGCGAGUUGGUGAAAUGGCUCGGUAAGGAUGCGAUCAAUCCCUUCGCCAUUGACGGCAAGGUUUCGAAGGCGGAACUUAAAGCGCAACUCAAGCAAUGGGCUAUAUCCAGCGGCAGAAGCGUUGUUCGGCCCGUACUGAUCGUCAGUUAUGAAUCCCUGCGUCUCCAUACCUCCGAUCUUGCCAGCAUACCGAUUGGGCUUUUGCUCGCCGAUGAGGGGCACAGAUUGAAGAAUCGAGACAAUCAAACAUAUAAGGCAUUGAUGACUUUGAAUGUUGACCGACGAGUGAUCUUGUCCGGAACUCCUAUCCAGAAUGAUCUUUCGGAAUACUUCGCUCUUCUAAACUUCGCGAACCCUAAUUUCUUAGGCACGCACAAUGAAUUCAGGAAGCAAUACGAACUUCCCAUUCUUCGUGGGCGUGACGCGGAUGGAUCCGAAGACGAUCGUAAGAAGGGAGACGAACGACUUGCAGAACUUCUCCAGUUGGUGAAUAAGUUUAUCAUUCGGCGUACUAAUGAUAUCUUGUCGAAAUACCUACCCGUCAAGUACGAGCAUGUCGUAUUCUGCAAGUUGUCGCCCUUCCAAACGGAUCUUUACAAUUAUUUCAUCACGUCUCCGGAUAUCAAAUCCAUCUUAAGGGGCAAAGGAUCCCAACCUUUGAAAGCUAUCGGGCUGCUCAAGAAAUUAUGCAAUCACCCUGAUUUGCUCAACCUCUCCGAGGAUUUGCCCGGAUGUGAGAGUCUGUACCCUGACGAUUACGUUCCGAAAGACGCCCGAGGGAGAGACAGGGAGGUCAAAGUGUGGUAUUCCGGCAAGAUGAUGGUACUGGACAGGAUGUUGGCAAGAAUCCAGCGCGAGACAAAGGAUAAGAUCGUCCUCAUUAGCAAUUAUACACAAACACUAGAUGUAUUUGAAAAGCUUUGUCGCUCAAGGGGUUACGGUGCCCUAAGACUCGACGGUACAAUGAACGGCUCAAAACGCACGAAGCUAGUCGCCAAGUUUAACGACCCUGAUAGCGAAGAGUUUGUCUUCCUUCUCAGUAGCAAAGCCGGAGGCUGCGGCAUCAACCUUAUCGGUGCGAACCGGCUCGUCCUCUUCGACCCAGACUGGAACCCCGCCGCGGACCAGCAAGCUUUAGCGCGAGUCUGGCGUGAUGGGCAAAAAAAGGAUUGUUUCGUCUACCGCUUCAUUGCCACAGGAACCAUCGAAGAGAAAAUCUUCCAGCGCCAAUCGCACAAACAGUCGCUCUCCACGUCCGUCGUCGACGGCGUUGAAGACGUAGAAAGACAUUUUGGUCUGGACGGGCUGAAGCAGUUGUUCCGGUUCCAGCCAAAUACUAAUAGCGAUACGCAUGACACUUUCAAGUGCAAGAGAUUACUUGGAAUCAUAUGUCCGACGAGCCGAAUGGAGGGUUGGAUAAGAUCCAGGAUUUGUUGCUCAGACAGGAGAGUGGGCAGGGGGUUGUUACUUGUUGCUUUCAGUAUAUUUCUCACUGAUUCCGUUUACGGCUUGGGUUUUUUAUGGUUGGUUGCUUGGCUGGUAUAAAGGUGUUCUUUUAUAUGGGUGCGAGUUUGGGUGAUGCCUUUUUUCUCUCUCUUUCUUCUUUUGUUAGAGCUGGAUUACAAAGGGUGAUGAUUUUUU